AUUCUAUAUAAAUUUUAUUUAGUUAAAUAUUUCUUGCUUUAGAGAUAAUUCUGAAUAUAAAACUAUGAAAUUAAUUUUCAGGCGUGUAAACCUUUCUGUUUUGCAGCAUGUAAGGCAGUUGUCAUUUCAGCAAUAUCGCGAUUUAAACUCUUUUACCUCACGUAAUUUAACACUAAAGGAACAAUCUGUGACUCUGUUUAGAAAACACAGACAAACUCCAAGAUUGCAUUUGAAGUUCUCAACCAAUACAGGAAAGUGCUCUGAAUUUGAAACUCUUUCAAAGUGCUCCCCAACUGAAUUUCUAAACAUUCUUCAACAAGAACAUAUUGAACGUUGUUUUAUUUCAAAUUUAGAUGGACAAGUAAAAUGUUCCCACAAACUUUUGAGUGAAUUAUUCCCAACAAAUCAGUUAAAUGGUCUGGAAUAUGAACAUGAUGCUAUUUUCUUUGAAAAAGGACACCGAACUGGAUGCUUGUUGUCAGUUUUCCUAUGGAAAACAAAUCGUGGACAAGGAAUUGGGGGUGUCGAUUUUCGUCCUAAAACAAGUAUGGCAGAGUUAAUUAAGCAUGGCUGCAGAUUUUCAAAAGCAUUAGGGGUUAAAUGUGCUCUUGCUGGGAUGUGGGUUGGUGGAGGCAAAGGUCUGAUUUCUUUCCCUGAUGACACAGGCACAUUCAUUGACCCUGAAUUCCGCAGACAGGCUUUCAUGGAUUUUGGAGACUUUUUGUCAUCAUUGAAUGGUUGCUUUAUUGCGGGAUCAGGCAUAGGCAGCUCUGUGGAGGACAUGGAUACGAUGUUUAUGCAGACUCGUUACGUGUCCAACCUAUCACCGGACUAUGGGGGCUCUGCAAACGCAUACCACUGGACUGCCCGGGGUGUUGUGAAAGCGAUGGAGGCGGCCUUGGUCUACCUGGGUAUGGGAACGCUAAGGGGCAAAUAUGUGGCCAUUCAAGGUGGGGGAAGGGUUGCGGAGGUGAUUAUAGGUGAACUGCUACAGAACAAUGCUGCUCAUAUCUAUGUCUCUGAAGUAAACUCGUUCAGGGUCGAGGAUCUGAGAAACACCUUUCCUAAAGCGGUGAAUGAUGGCACCUUAACUAUAAAGAAAGUUUCCCACGAAGACACAAGCAUUUACCGACAUCACUGUGAUAUCUUUUCCCCUUGUGCCAGAGGGAUGGGUCAAAAAGUGGACAAUGAUACGCUGGAUAAACACACGAUUCCUAUGCUGGACACAAAGAUAAUCUGUGGCUCAUCAAAUCUGCCGGUCAAUAUGGAAGAGGAUUAUGCAAUGUUGAAGAAAAACAACAUCCUCUAUGUGACCGAUGUCAUCCCUAAUAGAAUGGGCAUUGUUAGCAAGUCUCUUGAGCUGUAUGGCAGGAUGGAGAAUGACCCAGAGUUCAACAAACACCUCUCCUAUGAUUGGGAACACUCAAUAUACCAGACAACUCUGCAAAUUCUGAAGACCGCGUCAGAGAAGAACAUUAACCCAUUGGAUGCAGCCUACUUGAUAGGCCAGGAGUUAAGUAAAGAGCAUAAUCCGCUAUUUCCCGGACGUACCCAUGACAUUAUACGAGGACUUAUGGAGUCCGGCUGGUAUGAGGGAAAAGACUUCUGGAAAGACAGAUUUAAUUAUGGCUCCUGGGAUAAAUUUACAUAAAUGCAUCAUUGACAUGUUGCAUUGGUUCUGUAUAAAGUCUUGUGUUGAACAAGACUGCCUUGAUCUAAAUGCUUUGUCUUUAGCACAUCUGUGCUUGUGAAGCAGCGUAUAAUGUAAAAUUACAGAAUUUAUCCAGUAUGCAUGCAUGACAUGCCUGUCACCACAAGAUCACCAGUGUAAUGGCGCUGUAUAUACAUGUAGUUAUUGUGGUAAACAUCAUGCCCCAAUUUCUCAAACAAUCUUAAGUUGUAUAACAGCAUCAAGCUAAGGUCACUGAUUUUUUUUGUAAAAAUGUUAUUUACUCUUUUUAAAGGCCUUCAAAUUCUGUGAUUUGGAAAAUAAACAUUUAUAAAACAUUCAGAUAAACUAUACAGUAUUUUGAUUGAUACAAUUAAGUUUAAACAAGUAACUGAGCUAAAUGAAAUGUAAUGCUUAAAACUGUUAUGUUAAAGAUAUUUUGAGAAAUUUGGGUCAUUUUAAUCAACUUUUUCUACAUUAGAUAAAGGUCACUGUGAGUUUGUUUUUUUAAAUAAACACUUCAUAUUCAAAUACCACGUUCUACCACCGAGCCAGUCAAUUUUCUUUACUAGUAACUUUUAAUAGAACACAUCCCAAAAACUGUAUGUUUAAAGCAAAUAAACAUUAUAUCAAUGGUGCUGUCAGCAUAACAACACCUCUUGUAAUGCAGGUUUCCCAUAUAACUGUAUAAGCUGUUCAGCAGUUUCCUUCAGGCUCCGUUUACAUUUGGUCAUGAGGAUCCAUUCCAUGAAAAUCUCGACCGGAAAUCUGUAUCUGCUAUUUGGAUUGCUAUGCUGUUUUUAUGACCAGCAGGCCUCAUUAUUGUUCAGCCAUGUUUCGGCUAGUCCCUGUAGUUUUUUUUGUAUAUCUUUUUUUAUAUCAAACCAUGUUGUUUUAAUCUGUUAUGAAGCUCAUUUAAAAAAAGAGCUUAUAGAGCUAUUGUGUUGUUUACCUUGAUCGCACAAAUCACAGUACAUUGUAAAUAUGUCUGCAACAUAUAUAAUCUACUGAAGUCCCAUGUUGAUGUUAUUUUAUUGUAUUGUUUGUUAGUUUUAGAACACCUCAAUGCAUCUAAUUUAAAGCUAACAUGUUAUGAUUGUAUUGUUCACACCUGUAUUUUCUGUCUGUGCCUGUAUAUGUGUAGUUAUAUGGGAGUAAAAUCAUGGGUUUACAAUGGAGCUAUCACAAUGUAUAUACAUUAUGAAAAUAGUUAUCCACAGUUCUUAUAAGAUGUACAUAAUUAGUAACCAAGAUAUUAUUUUUUUAAUGCGGCUGUUAAAUGUGAUGGGUUAUUUAAGCUGUCUUGCCUAGAUUUUUUUACAAUGUUGAAUUCAAAAUCUAUAUUUGAAAUGAUUAAAUACUUGAUUAAUAAAGCAGUGUUGCCUUUUACGGUAAUAGCCAAAACUACACAGCUCUCCUCUAUUGGAGAUGAUUUUAUACAUUUUGAAUGACUUUCUAUGCAUUAUCACAGUUAUUUAUAACAUACAAUUAUUCUGUAUAUAUCAAGGUAUUUUUUUUUUUGUAUUUGAUUUUUUUUAUAAGAGCUUUCGGAAAAAUAAAUGAUAUAAUAGUUAGAUUUUUCUCUGAUUUAGUAUAAUUAUGAUUUACUAGAGAAUUAUGAAUAAUUAUCCAUCUGAUUUUCAACAUUGAAAUUUUAGUUUGGAUAGAAACACAGCAGCAUUAAAUAUACAGACUGAAUGAGAUUUUGAGAAGGACAUUAAAUGCUUGGUUAUUUUGUAUAACCUACCUCAAAUUAUGACUUGAAAGUUGAUGGAGAGUACUGCCACUAGUGGGGGCAUAGCGGUAGUAACAGACAAAUACGUGUACUCAUAUCUGAAUUGGAAACACCAAAGAAAAGAAAUGUUAAAACUUGCUUUUAAUAUAAUUUAUCAAAGAGAAGUAAAACUCUCGACUACUCUUCUGGAGUGUGAUCAGCUACGCCCCAUAUAUACAUACAGAAGAUUAGUUGUGUCAAAACUUGUAAAAGGAGGGGUAAAGCUCUUGAGUUCUCUGCUGUGUGUAGUCAGCUUCCAUAUGGAAGAUAUGUAAGGUCAAACCUACUUGAUUGGUGUAGAACAUACCUGUACCUAUAUCAAUGUAUAUCCGUAUAUGUUUGUAUUCUGUAAUUGUUCCAUUAAUGGCAAUUCUGGUGUAUUAUUUAGAUCCAUUAAUAAGUUUUCACUGAUAAUAUUGGCUUUAAAACUUAUUUUUGCACUUGAGAUUACUGUUGAAGUUAUUUGCUCAAAGCUUGAAGUUGCUUUAUUUGCACAAAUGAAAUUAAAUUAAUAUGCAUGUCAGUUAUUAAAAAAGGUUGCAUGUUUAUUUUUUAAACCCUACCAUAAUAGCUAUAUAGUCGGGGCGUACUUUAUUUGUUUUCUUUGUUCAUUGUUUUGGUUUAAACAUAUUCCAUCUCAUGAAAAGCUUCAAAUGACAAUGUAUAUUUCAAUACAAAUAUUUCUUAAAGCUUAUAAAGAUCAUCUUCUUGGUUUGUAGUUUAAAAGGUUCUCGCUCAUGUUUUUGAAAAAUGCACUUUUUAUGACCAAAUAAAGUGUGGUAAAACAUUAGGAUUGUUAAAACUAAGAUACUAAAAACUUGAACCCUUCAGCAAAUGUUGAUACUUGCUCAAGUAAUGUCUUUGAAGACCAAUAUUUUCAUUAGCGUUAACAACCCAAUUGGUCACUUAAUUCCAACUUUGUUGUUGCGCGAUCAGUUGAUUGACAUUAUCACAUGAUGUUAUCAAUUGUAUUCUUAUGAGGUCAAAAUAUCCACCACUUUUGUUUAAGUCCUGGUAGCCUUGUGGUUAAGGCACCUGUUGUCUAUGUUUUUUUACUUUUUUAGCGUUGGUUUUCAUCCCACUAAAACCAAAAUACUUUUUUAUACUAUAACUGUUCUUUUUUCUGCAAUUUCGAUAUCACAGAGUAAAAUAAAGAUAAAAUAAGUGUUUUCAAAUGCAUUACCAGGAAAAUAUUUUUUAAGUCCAAAAACAUGAGCGAGUCCCUUUAAGAUUUCCCUUUUAUUGUGAUAGUGACUUGUAAAUAAUGCAUGUCUGAUUUCAACAUAUCAGUUUUGUUUAUUGUUUUUAGCUCUACUGGCCAAAGGCCAGAAGAGGUUAUGCGAUGGUAAUGUGUACGUAGUAUGUGCAUCCGUGUGUUCGUGCGUCUGUAAACAAUUGCUUGUGAACACGAUACAGUCUUCAGUUUUGAUUGUAUCUUGAUGAAACUUGUACAGUAUCUAGAUAUCCAUUAGAGCUGGGUUCCUUUCGAAAACCAGCCAGUUCCGCCCAUGCAUGCCUAUAUUAUGGCCCUUGAUAGUAUAAAAAAAUGCUAUUGUGUAAACAAUUGGUUGUGAACACAAUACAGUCUUCAGUUUUGAUUGUAUCUCAAUGAAACUUGUUCAGUAUCUAGAUAUCCAUUAGAGCUCGGUUCCUUUCGAAAACCAGCCAGAUCCGCCCAUGAAUGCGUAGAUUAUGGGCCAUGAAAGUUUUAAAGAAAUGCUUUCUAUUUUUAGCCAGGUUUACAUGUACAUGUGAAUUCAAGUCUAGAGUUAAGGGAGACAAUUUGCAAGUCUAGGAUUUUGAGAGACAAUUUGCUUUUUGCUUCUGCAGUUGAUUUUGUGAAUUACUCUGCCUUGUUCUUGUUGAAAGCCCAAAGGCCAUUUUUUAGCUUUAAGUUCUGUUGUUUGUGCAUUCAUCAUAACAAAAUUGGUUGUGAAUGUUUAAGUUAUGCACCUGGUGUCAUUACUGGCCACACCCAGGGUUCACAGGUUUGGUAAACAUAAAUCUGGAAAGGUUUGAAAAUCUUUUUGUGUGUUGUGCAUCCAUCUCAACACAAUUGAUUGUGAAUGUUUGUUCAAAUUGAUCAAUGUUGUCCUAGGAUGCCCUUGACUUUGACCUUUUGACCAACUUUUUUUAACUUUUAAAACUACAUAAAUUUUUACUAUGAGUACAGUUUUGAAAGCAUUUUUUUUUGUCAGAUGACUUUUACUUGGCACAUUAAAAUAGUUCAUGCAACUAAUCUGCUUACAAUACUUUCUGGGCUCAGAUGUUGAACGUGCUACGUUUUCAGGUAACCCAAACACAAAACAUAAACUAUAUGUCUGUUGCCUUUUACCCAUACAUACAUGCUGUGGAUUGAUAUGACUACAAAAGCCAUGCCAGUAGAGCAUAGGCCCUUUUGGGCCUCUUGUUCACUGUUUGAAUUAACACACUUGUUUCACUACAACACACAGUCAUCUAAGAAAACCUCAUGCAGUUGGUGCUAAUGACAGGCUCCUCUUAUUGAUUAGGGUAUGACAAAAUUAUGUGGUAGAUUCAGGUCAAUAUCAAGUCUAUUAUAUGAUUCAUGACUUUUUUGUCUGUAUGAAGUUUUGAUUGCAAUUUCAGUAAAACCUUUUUUCUUCUUGCAAGUUAAACAGAUUGUUUUUAAAUGAAAUGAAAUAAGGCCAUGCUGUUGUAUUUCUAUGUUAGAUGUUUGCAUGUGGCUUGGUUCUAGAGAAACACAAACAUUUUUCAUAUUGAAAAAUAAAUUCCAACCAACAUUUUAACACAUGGCACUGAAAGCCAUUGACAGCUAAAUGUCUAAACUUCAUAUGUACAGUUGUUAAUGUUUUAUGUCUGAAAUAUGUCUAUGUUGAUUUGGAAUGGACUUAUGGACUUUUAACAUCUUAAUAUGUAGUUUACAUUUUCUUAAUAACAUUGCAAAUGAAUACAUGUGCUUUCUUUGUUUGUUUUGAAAGCUUUGUUUUUUCAAUCAGGUAGGUUUUUAAUGAUAGAGUUGAAAAUGAACAUAUAAUAUAUAAAACAGUGUGGCCUUACUAUCAAGAUUAUGAAUUAUGAAAGUAAUAGAACAAUAUGUAUGCUCAUUGAUAAGAUGGAUGCUAAUAAGUAAUAGGCAAAGCUAUCACAAUCUUAAUCUAAUGAAAGUGAGGAAACUGUGUUGAUAGACCAAUAACUUAUAAAGGCCUAAUGUAAUGUAAUGCGAUAAUUGAGUAUUUUGUUCAUUUUUACCUCUGAUUCAUUUUCAUGUUUUUGUACAAAGGUCAAAAUUAUUUUAUUGUGAGUUAGUUAACAUAAUUAAUAAUUAUGUUCAACAAUCAUAUUUUUAAUAGAUUUUUUAACCACCACAAUAUUUUUCCCACAUUAACCAUUUCAUUUUAUAUUUCCUACUUUUAUGUUUGUACUAUUUUUGAACCAAAAUGAAUGUCAUGAACAAACUGUCAUAUUUAAAAUACUUUGAAUCUCACAUAAUUCUAUAUAAAGUCAUGUUUGAUGUUGCUCUCCGCAGAUAUUUGUUGCAUUUUUUGUUACUACAUGUUCUGUACAUUCUAUUUAUACAUGUAAUACUGUUUGUGAAAUAAAUUAGAAAAUAUG